GUUCUGCCACAUGUCUCUGGGUCUGUCCCAAGCCUGCAUGUUCCACCAUCUGCGCAGACUUUUCACUUAUCCCUAAAAGUUUUUGAUGCCAGAAUACAUGCAGGAUCAAAGGUUCUGUGGUGGAAUGUGAGGUCACUUAAUAUGUCACAGAACAGAUACUGUGUACGUUUGAUUGAUGAACAGGGAGCUGCAAACGACUUGACUGAACUAUGCAACUGAACAACAGCUGGAUGUGUGUGACUUAAAGCGACGCAGCCAGCAACCUUUGAUGUUCAAGUUGCCUAGUGGAGCUUUCACCGAUGCUGAUGAGAACGAAAGUGUAACUGAAGUGAACUGAACAGCCUCUUCAACAACCAGUGCAAUCCCAUACUGGGUGUGACUGUGUGAGGCUGUCUGUCUGCGAGGUGUCCCUGGGUCUUGGCUGAGAACAGGAGAAAAACAGAGGGAACAGAAAAAAGAUCUGAGCAUGGUUCAUGCUGCGGCUAUGGCUCAGGGGAAGAAGAGACCAACGGUCCCCCCUCCUGAUGGGGGCUGGGGCUGGAUGAUCGUGGCCGGCUGCUUCUUGGUCACUGUCUGCACACGUGCCGUCACUAGAUGCAUCUCCAUCUUCUUUGUGGAGUUCCAGAUGCACUUUGGAGCGGACUAUUCAGGGACAGCCUGGAUCCACAGUCUGGUGGACUGCACCACUAUGCUGUGUGCUCCUCUAGGCAGCUUCAUUGGGAACCAUCUGUCGUGCCGCAUCGCUGUGAUCCUUGGGGGCUUUCUGUCCUCCUUCGGCCUGGUCCUCAGCUCUUUCGCUACCAGCCUGGAGUACCUGUACCUCACCCUGGGGGUCCUCACAGGUAUUGGAUUUGCCCUCUGCUACACCCCUGCCAUAGCCAUGGUGGGCUCAUAUUUCUGUGAGAGGAAAGCCCUGGCGUACGGGAUCGCCAUGUCAGGCAGUGGCAUCGGGACCUUCAUCCUGGCCCCUGUCGUCCAGCUGCUCAUAGAGCACUACUCAUGGCGUGGGGCCCUGCUCAUACUGGGGGGCGUUGUUGCCAACCUGUGUGUCUGUGGGGCCCUACUGCGCCCUAUCACUCUGAAAGAAGAAGAGGAGGCUCAUGGUCCAGUCCCGUUGGACACCGAGUGUGGAUAUGGGGUGAAAGCUCCGGUGGUGAGCAUGUUAGAGGAACCACUGGCGAUCAACAACAACAACAACAGCCGCCGCUGCUUCUGCUUCCAGUCCAUGCAGGAGUACUGCUUCCUGCUCAUGCCUGACUUCCUGAUGCUGGCAGUGAGCUUCUUGUUCCUAGCCAGCGGCUGCAGCCUGCCCUUCGUCUACCUGGUUCCGUACGCACUGGAUGUGGGCGUGAGCCACCAGCAGGCCGCCAUCCUCAUGUCCAUCCUGGGGGUCAUAGACAUCGUGGGGAACAUCACCUUCGGCUGGCUCGUAGACAGGAGGUGCCUGAAGAAGUAUCGUAAUGUGUGCUACAUGAUAGCAGUGGGCAUGGAGGGACUGUGCUGCCUCUUUAUCCCACUCCUGCGGACGUUCGCCCUGCUGGUGCCUUUCUCUGUGUUUUAUGGGUACUUUGAUGGCGCCUACGUGGCCCUCAUACCUGUGGUGACUUCAGACAUUGUGGGGACAAGUAACCUCUCCUCCGCUCUGGGGAUUGUCUACUUUCUACAUGCCAUUCCUUACCUGCUCAGCCCUCCAAUAGGAGGCUGGCUGGUUGACACCACAGGCACCUACACGGCCACCUUCUUCCUCAGUGGCUUCGCCCUCAUCUCCAGCUCCCUGGUCAUCAGCACGGUGACGGGGAUACGCCACUGUCGCAGGACCCAAAAGCACAGAAACAAAAAUAAAAACACAGACCCCAAACAGGAGCCUUGCCGAUCAGACUUCUACACAGCCUCAAGUAAAGAUGUGAACCCUUCAGUCAACACAGCAAAUUCUUAACAUUGGACGCUUUUGGGUAGUUAUGCAUUUCUUUUGUUGGAAUAAUAAUAAUAUAAUAAUAAUAAUAUGCCAUUUAGCAGACGCUUUUAUCCAAAGCGAC